AUGGUUAUUGUCCAACCACAUUACCAAGCGCGAGCUGCUGUGGACGAUCUCGUCGAUGCCGCGGCCGACCUGAUCAGCGUGCUGCCCGAGCUGCGGCCGCUCGACCGCUCCACCUUCAAUGCCGGCUAUGAGGUCUGGCGCGCGAUCGCUGCGGUGCCUGCUGGGGAGCGGUACCGCAUCCUCGAGGGCCUGGAGCCGGGGUCCAUUAGGAACCUCUGGAAGGCCAGUGUUGGCAGCGCCGGCCUGCCCGGCGAACGCGCCCGAUGCCGCCUCGUCGCCUUCCCCUCCAUGGCGCCUGUGCGGCUUCCGGCCAGAUAUGCCUUGUCCGAGGAGCGGGCGGCGGAGAUCUACAAGGAUUACGUGAUCUGGAUGGAUCUGCCCGCCCAGCCGGGGCAGAUCUUCACCUACGCAGGGAUCUGCGAGAAGCUGCAGCUGGGCGCCCCCGGCGCCCCCCUGCCCGCCGCCGGCGCCGUCCCCCCGCCGCCCGGCGGCGGCGGCUCCCGCGGCGCCGGCGCCGCGCCGUGGCUGCGGGCCGCGCCGGGCGCGUGGGCGCUGCCGCGGCGCGAGUUCACACAGCGCUUCUUCAGGGCCGCGCGGACGGGGAAGCUGCACAGCCGCGUCGCGCUGCGGCUGGCGGGGCCGUUUGAGACGUUCUGGGCGCCAAUCUACAACACAGUGGAAAUCGACCUAGUGCUCACCCCUGUGGAGGCGGACGCCGGCGCCGACGUGUCGAUCUGCUACCCUUGGACCGACGCCGGCGGCCGCCCGCUCGACCUCGGGCGCGGGGACCUGCCCAGCGCCGUCUGGCCCUCGCCGCGCCGCGGGGCGGCGUGGAGCCCGUUCAGCAGAGGGGGGCGCGACUACGUGCGGUUUGCAGGGCCGGGGGUGAUGGUGGGGUGCGCGUAUGGGGCGGGGGAGGACGGCGUGCUGGCUGAGGACGAGUUUGUGUAUUUCGCCAUGGCCCGCGUCUCGUGA